UACUGGUUUUUGUAGCUUCUUCGUGAAAUUUCUCUUCUGAAGAAUUCUACCUUGUUAUCAAUUCUUAUGCUUCUUCCAUAAGCUUAUAAUCUGCAUUGAGAGACUGUUCUCAUUUCUUCAAUUGAUAAUCUUAUGGAUGUGGCAUGUCCUCCUGGCUUCUCUCCUCUGAUUAGAUUGAUUUAAAUUUUACUCAAGUUCUUUGGGUCCUGUUUCUUGGAGUUCAGUGGAUGGGGUUGUAUAUCUUACUCUAUGCACUUCUUGUAGAAUUAUUAAGGUGGCAGUGGUUUCUUUCAUGAGCCCCAUUUCCCAUUGCUCUGACUUUCAUCUCAUGUCUAGAUUUUCCUGUACAUGCUUAUUUACUGCUGGGUUAUGUGCUUUAAAGGAAUGGUUGGAUUGAUACAUUGAUAAUGAUUUUUGAUCAAGAGAAUCAGUUGUUGCCUUGGGGGCAUAGUGAAAUCUUUGUACUUGAAGUAAUGAAGUUUGGAAAUUUAACUGGAUUUUAUCUAGUUCUUUAGAUGUAAAAUUCUUUAUGACUCCUACAAAAGUUUGUGGCUUCUUCAGGAGAUUUAAUUUCACAUGAACUUGGGCUGUGGAUGGUGAAAUUUAGCUGCAUAUUGAUUUGAUCUUCUUGGAUUUUGGCCCUUGUGGUUUUGUACAUGGAGGGCUUUCUCUGUGUUUUGAGGUGGCCUUGCAUUUCAAGCUAGAGGUUUAAAACUCCAGAUUUUGUUGUUUAAUUGGAAAAGGUUUCAGAAAUGAAGUUAUAUUCCUGGGGGUAAUUGUUUGUCUGGUCUUUUUAGUAGUUGGACAUAAAAAUUGUCUGGUUGUGGUGUUGUGGAGGUCUCAAGACUAUUGCUGGUCGCUGAGCACAUGGGAUCAUCUUGUCUCCCCUGGAGAGUUUGCUCCAUGAGUUUUUUGCUCUAUUAUCCAUUGAUUGUUUUAUUUAUUCUGCAGGGUUGGAGUUCCACCAGUUCAGCGAAGGUCUCCAAAUGGACACUUUGCAGCAAAGGUAUUUCUUCCAUCCUAUGACUAG